UCCUCCUGCUGACCUCCUGACAGCCGCCCAGCUGGCCUGAGCCAAGCACAGAGCCGCAGAGGGGCUUGUUUCCAGAAUCCUCUGGGUGGUUCCUGAACCCUUCUGCCCAGCCGUCCCCCAACACAGACCCACAGAGACACUGGGACGCACGCACGCACGCACAGGACCCGCAGGCGGAGGCGGGUGGCCGGAGGGAUUAGAGGGAUAAAGUCACUGUCACUCGGGAGAGAUAAGAAUCUGGGCAGGACGUGUCCGUACUGGGGUCUUCUGAAAGUAGGCUCAGCAUCUGCGGCUCCUCACGUCGGCCCUCAGAUUUCUCAUAUGGAUAGGUGCUGAGCCCCAGCCCAGUGUUCCAGAACUUUCUCUCUGCCAUCACUCCUCCUUUACUCAGGUUUUACAACAAUAGAAGAGCACAUGAAAGAGGGCUCUUCAUCAGGCAUUCUUGAUUAAGCUAUGAAAAUGGAAUCAAAGCUUAUUUUCCCCGUUCGUAUGGUAAGUCCAGCUGAGAGCAGGGUGUUCUCAUCUUCACUUCCAGCAAGCCAGAGCUUCCUAAAUGGACACUGACAUGGACUACGAAAGACCCAACGUGGAAACCAUCAAGUGUGUGGUGGUGGGCGACAAUGCCGUGGGGAAGACGCGCCUGAUCUGUGCCAGAGCGUGUAAUACCACGCUCACGCAGUAUCAGCUGCUGGCCACCCACGUGCCUACCGUGUGGGCCAUUGACCAGUACCGUGUCUGCCAGGAGGUCUUGGAACGUUCCCGAGAUGUUGUUGACGAAGUGAGCGUUUCUCUCAGGCUUUGGGAUACUUUUGGUGAUCAUCACAAGGACAGGCGAUUUGCAUAUGGCAGGUCUGAUGUUGUGGUCCUCUGUUUUUCAAUUGCUAAUCCCAAUUCCCUAAAUCAUGUGAAAACAAUGUGGUAUCAAGAAAUCAAGCAUUUUUGCCCUCGCACACCUGUUGUCCUUGUUGGCUGCCAGCUUGAUCUCCGUUAUGCCGAUCUGGAGGCUGUUAAUCGAGCCAGACGCCCAUUAGCCAGGCCCAUAAAGAGAGGGGAUAUUUUGCCCCCAGAAAAAGGUCGAGAGGUUGCAAAGGAACUUGGUAUACCAUACUACGAAACCAGUGUAUUUGACCGGUUUGGAAUCAAGGAUGUAUUUGACAAUGCCAUUCGCGCAGCGCUCAUUUCCCGCCGGCACCUGCAGUUCUGGAAGUCCCACUUAAAAAAAGUCCAGAAACCUUUACUUCAGGCACCCUUCCUACCUCCCAAAGCCCCUCCACCAGUCAUCAAAAUCCCAGAGUGUCCUUCCAUGGGGACUAAUGAAGCUGCCUGUUUACUGGAUAAUCCACUGUGUGCUGACGUCCUGUUCAUCCUUCAGGACGAGGAGCACAUCUUUGCACAUCGAAUUUACCUUGCUACCUCUUCUUCCAAAUUUUACGAUCUUUUUUUAAUGGAAUGUGAAGAAUCCCCAAAUUGGGGUGAAGGCGUUGGUGAGAAAGAGAUGCAGAGCAGACCUCUUCAGGGCCGGACGCUGAGUCUUGAUGCAGAUGAGGAAGGGGAAGAAGGUGCCCUGAGGAGGCCUCAGGCCGAUCAGGGGAUGUCUCCAAGCAAGAACCUGUUGGAGACUCCGGGGCUGGAAGCCGAGGGCUCCGUUACUGAGAAGCAGCCUUUGUCAGGCUGGAGCAAAGGGUUCCUUGGCAUGCACAGAGAAAUGCAGGUCAAUCCCAUUUCAAAGCGGGCGGGCCCCGUGACUGUGGUCAGGAUGGACUCGUCAGUCCAGCCAGGCCCUUUCCGGACCCUGCUCCAGUUUCUUUAUACAGGUCAACUGGAUGAGAAGGAAAAGGAUUUGGUGGGGCUGGCUCAGAUCGCAGAGGUCCUGGAGAUGUUUGAUUUGAGGAUGAUGGUGGAAAACAUCAUGAACAAGGAAGCCUUUAUGAACCAGGAGAUUACGAAAGCCUUUCACGUCAGGAAAGCCAACCGGAUAAAAGAGUGUCUCAGCAAGGGGACAUUCUCAGAUGUGACCUUUACCUUGGAUGAUGGAGCCAUCAGUGCCCACAAGCCAUUGCUUAUCUGUAGCUGCGAGUGGAUGGCUGCCAUGUUUGGGGGUUCGUUUGUGGAAAGCGCCAACAGUGAGGUACAUCUCCCAAACAUAAACAAGAUGUCAAUGCAAGCUGUAUUGGAUUAUCUCUAUACCAAGCAGUUGUCGCCUAACUUGGACCUGGAUCCGCUGGAACUAAUUGCCUUGGCAAACAGAUUCUGCCUGCCACACUUGGUUGCACUUGCAGAGCAGCACGCCGUUCAAGAGCUGACCAAGGCCGCCAUGAGUGGCGUGGGCAUUGAUGGGGAAGUGCUCUCCUAUUUGGAAUUGGCCCAGUUUCACAAUGCCAACCAGUUGGCCGCCUGGUGUCUGCACCACAUCUGCACCAACUACAACAGUGUUUGUUCCAAGUUCCGCAAAGAAAUCAAAUCAAAAUCUGCAGACAAUCAGGAGUACUUUGAGCGGCACCGCUGGCCCCCUGUGUGGUACCUGAAGGAGGAAGACCACUACCAGCGAGUGAAAAGGGAACGAGAGAAGGAAGACAUUGCACUAAAUAAACAUCACUCAAGACGAAAGUGGUGCUUCUGGAAUUCAUCUCCGGCAGUUGCCUGAAGAGGAACAGAAAAAAAAAAAAAACAAUCAGUAAUCUGAUACACCACUUUUAAAAGCACUACUGUAAAGUUAGUCGUCUUAUUAGAGA